CGCAGGCGUACCGACGCGGCCGGGAGGCGGAGAGGACCAAAGCAACCUCGGCCUCCGCCUCCUUCAGCCGUAUCCGCGCAGGGCUGGUCGGCGGACACCCGGACGGCUCCGGGCAGGGGCCCCGCGGGCUGCGCGUAGUAAUGGGCUCCGGCUGGAGUAGCGAGGAGGAGCGGCAGCCGCUGCUGGGGCCUGGACUCGGGCCUGCGCCGGGGACUGCUUGGAGAAGCCGGGAGGCGGCGGCGGCGGCGCUGCCGGCAGCCGCCGGGAGUCCCGGGCGAGUGUACGGGCGCCGCUGGCUGGUGCUCCUGCUCUUUUCCCUGCUGGGGUUCGCGCAGGGCCUGGUCUGGAACACCUGGGGCCCCAUCCAGAACUCGGCGCGCCAGGCCUACGGCUUCUCUAGCUGGGACAUCGCGCUCCUCGUGCUGUGGGGGCCCAUCGGCUUCCUGCCCUGCUUCGCGUUCAUGUGGCUCCUGGACAAGAGAGGUCUUCGGAUAACUGUGCUUCUGACGUCCUUCCUGAUGGUUUUGGGGACUGGUCUAAGAUGCAUACCUAUAUCAGACUUAAUGCUUAAAAGAAGACUAAUCCACGGAGGACAGCUGUUAAAUGGAUUGGCAGGUCCGACUGUAAUGAACGCGGCUCCGUUCCUCUCCACAACGUGGUUUUCCGCAGAUGAGCGGGCCACUGCCACGGCUAUUGCAUCAAUGCUCAGUUAUCUUGGGGGAGCCUGUGCAUUUUUAGUUGGACCGCUUGUUGUUCCAGCUCCCAAUGGGACGUCGCCUCUUCUUGCUUCAGAGAAUAGCAGGGCCCACAUUAAAGAUCGCAUAGAGACUGUAUUGUAUGCAGAAUUUGGAGUUGUCUGCUUACUGUUUUCUGCAACUCUAGCUUAUUUCCCAACUCGGCCUCCUCUUCCUCCCAGUGUUGCUGCAGCUAGCCAGCGGCUGAGUUAUCGGCGGAGCUUUUGUAGAUUACUAAGCAAUUUGAGAUUUUUGAUGAUUGCUUUAGCAUAUGCCAUACCACUUGGCGUGUUUGCUGGCUGGUCUGGAGUUCUGGACUUAAUUUUAACACCAGUGCAUGUCAGCCAAAUAGAUGCUGGCUGGAUUGGAUUUUGGUCUAUAGUUGGAGGCUGUGUCGUUGGAAUAGCAAUGGCAAGGUUUGCAGAUUUUAUCAGGGGUAUGCUGAAGCUAAUUCUUCUCCUCCUGUUUUCCGGAGCUACACUAUCAUCCACGUGGUUCACCCUGACCUGUUUGAACAGCAUCACACACCUGCCUUUAACUACAGUGACAUUGUACGCCUCCUGUAUUCUCCUGGGAGUGUUCCUGAACAGCAGCAUACCUAUAUUUUUUGAGCUUUUUGUGGAAACUGUCUAUCCAGUUCCAGAAGGAAUUACUUGCGGAGUUGUCACUUUUUUAAGUAAUAUGUUCAUGGGAGUACUUUUGUUUUUUCUCACAUUUUAUCACACAGAGUUGUCUUGGUUCAACUGGUGCCUUCCCGGGUCGUGUUUGCUCAGUCUUCUCCUCAUUCUGUGCUUCAGGGAAUCCUAUGACAGACUCUAUCUUGAUGUGGUUGUCUCAGUUUAAUAGCACAGACUUGACGGAGUUUAAAAAGAGACUGGAAAUCAAUACUGCAUACUGCACAUUUGCUUGGAAUUGCACAUCUAACAGGGAAAAAAGAGGAGGAGAGAGAAACUUCAUUCAGAGGUUUUGUUAGGUUACAGAUGAUUGCAUUAAUUUAAUUACUACUAAGUAAUAAUAAUGGGACUUGAGAGAUAACAGGGGGGUUUAAAAACUGUCAGUGGCAUACCUGUGCCUGAGUCUGGGGUUAGAAGUGUGAUGUCUUACACAGAAAGCACUACCUAAAUAAUUCCCUCUGUUUUGUGCCAGUGCUAAACUACUGAUGGACUAAUUGUAAUUAUGGAAAGAAAUAAAGGGUGUCUAUCACAUGAAGAUAACUCCUUCCCUAAGUCACAAUCAGAAUAGGAAGAAAUGCCACUAACUUCUAAAGAAGUUUAAACCCUGAUUCUGAUUUUAAUUAUAAAAUAGCCAAGAGGUAUAUCAAUGAUAGAAAUUAGCCACAUGUACACUACGUUUUUUCUAAUAAAGCCAUUUCUUAUAUGACUCCUUAUUUUUAAUUAGUCAGAUCUUUGGCCACCUUAAUUAUGGUGAUCAAGUGCUUUCCAGCAACUUCAGAGCGCAUACUUUGUGUCUCGAUCUUAAACUUAUCCUUGUUUCUGUGAAAUACAGUUGCAUCUGUUAGGCUCUUAAAUGAUUAUAUUAAAGGUGACUAAGUGUUUCUUAUAGUCGCAUUAAAUACUGUAUGAAAAAAUGUGAUUCCGUUCUGAUUUAGCACUUUGUUAAAAGUGAAAUGACAAAUCCCACAGAACAUCAUGUGUCUUGGGGCAGAUGUGUAUGUGGUGGCAUGGGAUGGGAAAUCCAGCACCAGCCGUUAUUUACCAGGGUUACGUUUUAUUAAAAUGACCCUUGUUUGAAAAUAACAAUUUAUAACAUUGAAACUUUCAAACCUGUUGAGUGAUUUCUGAAUUACAUUCUUGUAUUUCUAUUCAGUUUUCCAUGGAGUCAGUAUAUUUGAGAGGGCAGUAUUUUGCCAGGACCUGCCUUCUUUCUGUGGGAUGACAGCUUUUUCAAAAAUAACACUGAUUGGUCAGCUCUCAGACAUGUAUUUCACUAUGACAUAAAACAUGCUCUGGGGGGGGGUGGUUACAGUACUACCAUUAUUCACAUUUAUGUAAUGCCUCUGACACGGGAAAACCAAACACUUUCUCAGAAAAGCCAAGAAUAAUAUUUUACCUUCAUUGUUCUCAGCUUCCUCCAACCCUCUCUCCUUUCCUCACUUGCGUCUUCCUUGUCAGCUAAGUAUAUAUUUUAUUUGCCUUUUUCUGGACAGGCAGAGUGUAAGUCAGCUCCUUCCAUUAGCCAGGGUGGUGCACUACCGUUAAAGAGACCUGGUCAGCACUUAAUUCUCCUCAGCUCCACACACGCGCACACACUGGCACACAGAGUCCCAAGUACCCCUCCUUUCCCACCUUGGGAAGAUGAAGGCUAUGCAGUAACUCACCUCGGUCCUAGAGAAGGAUUCUGUUCCUGCCGAGCCUUCUGAGAGCCUAAAUUGUGCCACUGGAAAGUAAGAAAACCCUCAAAUUUAACAUCUGUCUUCAGUCACGUUUAGACCAUCCCCCUUUUAACCAACCACCCUGCUAACCUAUCAGCAAGAACUGAAGGAACUAAGAGACUUGCUAAAGAGGAGAAAUAAACCUUGUCUUUCUUCUUAAAUACAAAUGAAAGUAAAGUAGAAUUCUUGAGAAUGUGAGUGAAAGCCAGGCAGUCCAGAUAUCAAUGGUGCUAAAAUAACCACCACCCUUUCCUGUCUAGAAUGAAGGCAGAAAGGCGAGAGAAGUAUGACGUAUUUGGUUUUAGUCAGAACUGUUGUGCUUGAGGACAUUGCUGUAUAAAAUUCUGCUGUAAGACUUCUCAUACAGAGCAUUUUAAUUAUGGUUCAUUCUACUUGUAACUUAAAGAACGACAUUAAAAAAUAUUACAUAAAUGACCAGUUCAAAGACAUCCCAAGUGGGUAGUGCUUUAAAAUCCCUGCAUUGUCCCGGACACCAAACCACUGUGCUUAGCAGACGUGAGCUGAGAUGCCUCCCUGUGUCUCAUUUACAUCCACUUACCCCUCCAGCACAUAAUUUAUUCUGAUCACAAACUGCAACUGUUUUAAGUGAUCAAAAGUUCGUAUACCAAACCUGAUAGGAAUAGAACCAAAAGGCUCCAGGGGUCAGGGGAGGAUGACAUGUUAUUUACUUACCUGUAUAUUUCCAAAAAAAAUUUUUUUUUUACUUUGUUUUUAUUUCUCACAUGCAUCAAAAUAGACCAGCUGUUAUCUUUGCACUUUAAAAACAUUAUUGAGUCCUAAUGAAAUUUUAUAACUGAAGAAAAUCUCAGUCCUUCACUAAUCAAGUGCUGAUUUUAGAAUGUAUAGGAACAGUCCCAGAGAGGUAAAGACUCAUGCUGAAUGUCACAGUCCUAGUUAGUGACAAGAGUAAAGCUAAUAAAAACUCACAUCUUCUGACUCCCAAAGCCGUGCUUUUCUCUACCUCAUAGAAUUGCAGCUUAAUUUGGACAUUUUGGGGUGUUCAUGAAUACUCUUUCAUAUUCAAAAACUAUGGGGCUUAAGAAUAAAAUGCCAUUAAAGUGAGGCGAUUGUUUGGUUUUUAAGUAAAAUCCGUCUUUUUUCUUCAUCACUACCCUGAUGGUGCUGUAAUAUCUCUAAGUCUUAGCUUGCAGUGACACAGUCUGAAAACUUUCUCAUAAAUAAUUCAUUCCUCAUACACCAAGUCAACAGCGUUAUUAAUUGGUAAGGACAUGUUACAGUGUAAGUUCCCUGCGGCUUAUCAGUGAAUACUUCACAGUUUAUGGGAAGAAGCAUUUUUUAAUAUGGUCCAUGGUGGAGGUAUAGGAGCAAGACAAUUACAUACACAAAUGCAUGCGUUUCACUGGGGGACGGAGCUAAUAAAAUAACAAGACGGAAUCAAGUACCAUUUUAUAUAUUUAGGCAUCUAUGUCCUAAAGGCCAAGUUUUAUCACAGAUCAUACAUUCAUGUUUAAUUAUUGAGAAUGUUUACAGCUUGUCUUUAUGAAGCCUUUCAAAUGAGGGAUUCAAGCUAAGAAUUUUAAAUUGAGAUUACAUUCUCAUCUAUUCAUCUUUAAAUUUUUUAAUUUUUUUUACUAUUCUUACUAAAAUCUAGGCAUUCUUCUUGCUGUUUGCAUAAGCUUCAUUUGAAACUCAAGAUCAAAUGCAAUUGCAUAGUAAAUUAGCCUUAAAUUAAUGUUUAAAAUCACAUUAAUUCCAUAUUUGUCCCUAAAACAAUAAGGACAGGAAUUACCGUGGCUAUACCAUAUUACCAGGCAAGUGCAAAAGCUGUGAUACGAAGAAAAUGCCAUAUUAAAAAAGAAAUAUGUAGAAAACGAGAAAAUUUCAUCAGACCUAUUUCAUAAAUAUAGGAAAAAUAGAAUUCCACUUUAAUUUGGCAUUAUAAUUGUGCAGAAGAGAACGAGAUAAAGCUUAUGUCCAUAUAUCAACAGUUUGCCAGUCUCUUAGAAAAUAUAAGCAAUACUGGGGGGUGGGGGAAGUGCUGCCCAUCCAAGAAGAGCUAAACUUGACAGGGAGAUUCUUAGGUGCUCUUUUAACAGCAUCCAUUGGGCAGUUUUUGCUCAAUAGCAGUGAGUUGUCUGCUCAGUAAGUAUACAUCUUGGCCAUCCUGAGCACUCAUUUCCUUUCUGGUGUCCUCCCAGCUCAGAUGGAACCUCAAACUUCGGAGAUGUCCUCUUGGAACUAAUAUCAGGGCCCUUAAGAGACCCUUGAUGGUGGUCACCUCUGGCCAGGGGGUAGGACUAAGAGAGGCUGUGGGCAGACAGUAUAGGCAAGGACGUGGCCCUAAAUCUCUCUCUGAACCAUGCUACUUUUUAUAAACAAUUUUAGUUUGCUCUUGGUCAGGAUUGAAACAUCAGCCCCUUGUUUUGCCUAACAGUUUUCUGAGCUUCCUCACUUGUCCUCGUUGCCCUGUCCCUCAGCUUUCUGAACCCUUGCAUGAAUCUGACCUCAGCUCCAUCCUGAUCUCCUCUUCCUUGAACUGACUCCCUGGCACAGGCUUCUUCACCCUCAACUCCUCCCUAAGUGCCAGGGCUGGCUAGUAAUAAGGCCACACAUCCAGGUUGCCCCCUCCGGAGCAGACACUAGCAUGAGCAGAACAUCAGCAUGUCCAGGUACUCCAGGGAAAUUGAGCAGUUCUUCCCACAGCCAAGUCUUAUAAGUUAGAAUAUUCCCCUGAAACAGGAAGCGAAUUACAGAGGUCACUAACAAGUUUCUAUAGUUAUUAUUUGUUGCCCUUUUAGAAUAUGGACUAACCUGCCUUAUGUAGUCUUUCUGUUGUACCUUGGAACAUGGCAGGUCUUAAACAAUAGCUUUUCAUCUCAGCCCACACUCAAAAAGAGAGCAGAAAGUCACCCCACCCCAGCUGUUCUGUUCAUUCAACAAGGAAGAAUUAAUUUUUUUUAACCAACUAAAAAAAUGAAACAAAACAUGGAAUUCAUUUCAGCAACCUUGGUAAAACGAUAAAAACACAUCAACCCAUUUUACCUCUAAGCAUUGUAGAUUUGGAACGUUGUGAGCUUGAGGCCGGAAGGUCAGCCCUGCGUCACAGCACCCUCGGGGUCCCCCAGCUCUUCUGGUUUCCCAGUGAGGCUUCUGCUGUCUUGAUCAAAAUGGCAAGAAGGACUUGGAGACACUUCUGACUGGCUUUCAUGUUAGAAAAUGAUACUUUUUUAAACUACAAUUUAGACUUUCUCUAGGUCAGGUUGGUUUUCUUCCCAUUUAUGUGGCAGGACUGUAGAAUCAAAGAGAUGAUCUAAGCCAAUCACCCCAUUUUCCAAGUAAGUAAAGAAGAGAACCUUUUAGAUUAAAUAACAGCUUAGUUUUAGCAGGUCACCCGACUCCCAGACCAACAUUCCUUCCAUAAGUGAUCAAUGUGUUAACCACAGAUAAAUUCUUUUAAGUAAAAUUUCUUUCUUUCAAAUUUUUGAAAAUUAAAAUACAUGAAGGUAAAUUCUAAAAUACCCAGCACAGAGAAAGUGAAGUGAAGUCUACCUCUGUAGAAACAUGUGCUGGUUAAUCCAUUCUCCUUUCCAGAGGUCAUCCCUAUGAAUCCUUGCAGAAAUUCUUCUCUGCAUCCACAUACAUAGGUAUAUCAAGUUAUCUCAGGAACUGUUUCUUAAAACCAUGUUGGCGUUAACAUUUGGGCAGGAGUUUCUGAGAUCCUUAUUUUUCUUCAGGAUGACUGGGUAUCAGUGUAGUAGUGCUUAACGGAGACAUUUCACAGACCUCACGAUGUGCCGUCAAGCUCUAUCAUACUCUGAACUUUACUGGUGAAUUCCAAUAUACGAUACUGUUUUUCUUAUUGGAAAUAUAGUUUCCGUUUUUAUGCCACCCACUAAGAUCCAUGCACUGUGAGAGAAGAAAAUGAAUGGCUCAUCCCCAAAAGUCAGACAGAUUUUCUUGACGAGGUUUCCUUGGCUCUCCAUCUCAGCAGAGGCACACCAUGCUGCAGACAGCAGAAAGUUGAGAAGAUAAGUGAUGGCACCAAAGAAUCGUAAGUUUCUCUGCAACAACAUCAUCUCUAGUGGCCCAAUUCUAUGCAGAUCUUUUACAGAGUGAGAGCAGAGGCUCAACGUGUACACAGGUGUUAGGAGACAAGGCUUCUCUGAGACUAAUGCAGGCACAACAGCUGUCAGAGAAAUGAACAGAUGACCAGCCUGGGAGUCAGGAGGCCUGGGUCUCAGUCUCUCUUUCCAGGGCACCUGCUGAGCACCCUUGGGGCUUUGGGAAGGUCACCUGUUCUCUCUGGACACUGGCUUCCUCACCUCUAAAACAGGAAUCAAGUAGAUGGUCCUUUUUACUGAGAAGAUUGACAGUAUGUGAUACACACCUAUUUGGUCACACACAACAGAAAGUGAGAAGACAACAUGAGGGCAAUACCUUUCCACCAGUACUUACAGUUAACUCACAGUUAUACAUGACCUUUUCAAACAAACGAGGAGCUUCUACAAGGAAGGCCCACUUAGCUACGAGUUCUAGGAGCCAGGCAGUUAUGGAAACUCUCAGGCUGUCAACAUAUCCACUGUUCCUAACUUCAUUCAUCCUAUCAUUCAUUCUGUAUACAGAGUUAUUAUAUGUGUGCAGUGUGUGCCUGUGAAGGGGAAUCAGAAAAACAAAAGAUGUUUCUACCUUCCAGGACAUUUUAGACAGAUUUUAAAAAGCAGAUACUCUUUUGAACUAGCAAUUAAAAAAGGACCAAUGAGAGUUUCCUGAAUAAUUAUGCAUAACAGGUACCCACAUUUUUUCCUCAUAUCAUCAUUAACCGUAAAUGAUUUCAAGAGAAGGAUAUUCUGUUCUGUUGAAAUUUCUAUCAUAGACAGAACCCGUAUCUAUCUGGGAGCACUAAUUCAAUUUGGCAUGAGGAACCCCAGACAUUACCAUCAUUCCAUGGCUGGAGAGUGGGUUACUGUUCCUUUAGGAACUUGGGAGGAUUACUGACACCUCCAGCUUCCUCUGAAGACAGAACUUAACAAAUGCAUACAUGCCAAGAUACACAUUCUCAUACGGAUUUGAGUUUCCUUUCUGAAAGGAAUUUGAAUUUUAAACAUGAAAAGGAAGGAUUUCUAAUUAUAGAACUUGGGACAUAAGCCCAUCAGAGAGAAGAGCAGGCAGGAGACUUUGUGGGAGCCCUUCGGGUGUCUCUACCUGUGAGUAAAUCGAAACCACACUUAAUGCAUCACUAGAGCAGUCCUGGCCUCUUAAACCUUUGCAGAAACCCAAAGAUGCUAAAAAGGGCAGGUUUUAGUUCUGCAGAUGGGUUUACUGCCAGUGUCCCCAUCUCCAAAUUCACUUCCCUCCUCACCAGAAAUAUAUCAUUUGGGAGGCUUGUGAAAAUUAAGUCUUAGGAAAAUUCUGCCCCCAUCCUACUAACUUGCAUCCACAAGUCCCAAGCAAAAUCGCUUCCUUGACUUACAUGCAUAUAAGUACCUAUUUCUGUUUAGGUCUGUGACUCAGAGAAGGUGUCUGGAAGAAGUCAGGAGAGGUGACUGAUCCCACCUCUCCUGCUGUAGAUGGAAUGGGGUCUGCCCACUGGAACUCAGCUAAAAUUGAGGGUGUGUGUUGGGGUGGUCCCUUGCUUCUUAGUCCUUCCCUGAGCUAAUUGCACUGCUCUUCCUGAUCAAUAAGUUAUUGCUGAGAAAAUCGUUUCAGUAAGUGAUGUCAAUGUCUCCAGUGGAGCCGUCCCUCUCUACCCCCUGUCCUUUCAGCUUGUGUCCCAGACAAAUGCAGUUACCUCUGUCCUUUUCAGAGAAAAAACAUUGAUUGAUAUCUUAGCCCUGACAUUUCACCCUCUUUUAUCUCAGAAUGGAGAAGCCCCUUCAUAUUUGUUGUCUUUUUAACUCAAGGUUAAUACAGCUCCCCAGGCACAGGCAACUCUGCGCUGCAUGCUGUUGCCAGUAAUUGUCCUUCCAUCUAAUUGGGGGAAAGGUGACUCUUAAUGAACCAGCUACUGAUUCCCUUACCUCUUCACUCUUUUAUCAGUAUUCCUUUACCAGGAAAUUCUUUGUUAUCUAGGUCCUGAAAUUUAUUUCAUGUUUUUUUAAACUUCAAUUUUUUUCUUACAAAAUUGCUCCUUUUAUCUUAUAGCAGACUGUGAUCUUUUUCCUUCUGAGUACUUUAUAAUAUAAUUUGAACAUAAUAGAACAUUCUAAAAUAAAGCCAGGCAGGGAUUUCAUCAUAGCCAAUAUUAAAUGCUGGGAGAGGCAGAUCAUAUUUUUAAAAAGAGAGAAAACAGGGAUGGAGGAAGCCGGAUCUCAUAAUUCAACCAGUAUAUUUGGGGCUCCCGUUGCGUGCUGAGCACUGACUGAGUGGGGCAUAAGGAUACAGAAACAAAUAAGACAGUAUCCUGGCCCUCAGAGAGAUUUGUAUUCUGAUGAGUCCAUUCAUAAAAACUGUCGUUCAAAGCUAGCAACACCCUCAAAAGGCUGUUGGAAGCUUUGUAGCUUAUUUCUACAGCUGUCUAUGGGAUCUUUCUCUGGAAAAAUAUAUUAUAAAUCCUGUUUCCAUGGGCCAUUAAAAAUCCACGUUUGUCCCUAAUCAACGUAUGGUGACGUGUAACUUUCAUACAGUAAAAAAUGCCUCUGGACAGCCUUUGAAGGGAUAGGCAGAAAAAUUUGCUUUGAUGGCUUGAAAAGAAGUGGAAAGGCUUUAGGGAGUUCAGAUCUGCUAGCUCUCAGACAUGGGAUUAGGCAGAGGGAAGAGCCUUCCUGCAAGAGGGAGACCUCACUGAAGGAGUUAGUGAAACAGAAGCCAGGCCUCCAGGCAUUUGUUAGAACAUCUACCGAGCAAAAGCAGAGAAGGACAGGGAGGGAGUGGUAGUAGAAACAGAUUCUGGAGAACAGAACUGCGAAACUGGCUCCUGCUCAGAGGCAUCUGGCCCCGCCUCCUGCCUCCAAGCACAUUGGCCAGCAAUGUGUCUGGCCAACUGCUUCUUCAGCUCUUGAGGGAUGGAGAUUCUACAACCUACCCUGUCAUCUGUUUUAGAGCUACUCCCCUUUGCACUUAGAAGUUUUUACCUUUCAAGAAUGGAGGCAGGAGAGAGGUGGUCAAAAAGAUGGGGAGCCAAGCAGAGCAAAUCAGGGCAGAGGAAUUGUAGCGGAGCUGGAGGUGGGGAACGUCUCCACAUUUCACACUCCCUCACCAGCUGGAGCGGGUGGGAACCCUGGAGGGGGCGCCCGGCCAUUUGGGAACCGCCCUCUCAGAAGCCCAGUCUGGCACAGCGGAGGUUCCUGUUCUGCUUGGAGAAAGCACUGGGAAUCUAGGCAUCCGCCAUCUCCCAAGAGGAACUGUGUUUUAUCCAAAAGUCUGCAAGUAAACUGACUAUACUUCAAUUAAAAAAUGGAUGGGGAUAGUCUAUAAAUUUUACACUCCCCUCUCGCUUCCAUUCUCCAAAGGAACGUUCUGUAAUUGAAGGCAUGCCUUUGGUACCCUACUGUGUUUCGUGUACUCUGCCAGAAUAAUGACUUUUCAUACCAAUUCUGGGAUGCAAAGAAAUCUUGGGUAGUCCAAGUGGACUUAGAUCCAACUAAAGUUCCCACCUCUUACUCCAUUCAGACUUUUCCAUCUGCACCCUCCACCCCAGUCACACUCCUAGAAGCAACCAGAAAGUCUGUCCAACCAAAUAUACUCUCUGCAAAAAAAACAAAACAAACAAACAAACAAACAAAAAAACCACCAGAGUUUUUCACUCAAAAAACCAAACCAAAACAAACAAACAAAAGCUCUCCGAAAGCCCAAGCGCUUUCUUGUUCUUCUUCUGUUCUCAAGCCACGGUGUAUCUGGUCUGACUUUACACCAUCUGCAGUUCUCUGCACACAUGGUAGGCAGGGCAGGAAGGCAAGCAGAGGCCGACGCAGUAGCUGGAAGGAAGUGGAGGUAGGGUGGCUGCAGAGACCGUUGCUGGCACGGGAGCCUACAGUUGUCCCGUGGCCAUCACGAUCCACGUGGGGGUCCUAGCAUGCCCGACAGGCUCCGCUGACCCCCAUCCCCGGGUUUCCAGGAGGUGGCCUUCCCCUCAGCCUUGGGCCUCCCCUCGGCCUGAGUCUCACUGCAGUUCAUGUCCUCCCCUGCGCCCUUCUCCCCAGCCCCAGGCUGCACUGAAGCCCUCACUUCUUUUCAGUCUAUGGAAGAACAACGUCCUUGCCUGUUGGGAGCCCGUCCACCCUGGGAAUGAUUUUUGGCUGAAAUUGCUGCAGUUGAACACAGGAAGUUCUGCCUGCCAGAGUGAGGGUACUCCAGCAGGCCGCGGCACAUUCCCUGCCUCCAAGGUUCUAAGCAAGUAAAAGGGUCAAGACCCUCCCAGAGGACUGAGGAGAGACCAGAUGAUCUCUUGAGAUUCCUCUCAGCUCCAGAACCUGACUUUUAAAUAGCAACACUAAGAUCUAGGUGACAUACAGGCUCUGUGACAGCAGGUGCUCCUCCUCCCAUGACACCCCAUGUACCUGGGCAGGAGAUUCGGUGCAAAUAUGGAUAGGUGCAGGGAGGGGGUUUAAAAUCUGCCCACACUGAGAUUUUAUGCUGGGGAUUUGCAUAUCUGCUGGCCCGGCUCCGCGACCUGGUGGGUCUAUGCAACUGUCAAAGUGUGAGUGUGUGAUAAAUUCCCCUCUGACCGUCAUCACAACUUCUGAGUGUUCUGUGCAUUUUUAAAUAACUCUUACCAUGUAAAUAUUAUAUUACAUUUUAAUAAAGUUUUUUUGCAUUUACUUUUGUAAUAUUUGGGGUUUUAUAGAUUUUUAUUUUAUGGCCAAGUAUACUUUUGUAAGGAAAUGUUGAAGUCUUGAGUAUUUUUAUUCUUUGUCAACUGUAAGCACUGGUAAAUAUUAUUCGUAUGUGGUUUUCCUUCCUUUCCAUCGGGUCUUUUUAAGGAACUGUGUUUUGGCAUAGCAUUUUAUUUAAAACUCUGCUUCAUUUUACACAUUGUGAAUACUGAAGAUUCUGAAAAAUAAAGAUGCAUUUAAAAUCUCUGUGCUGUUACAUUGUAGAAAUGGUAAUGUGCAUUGGUUUGCCAAAGUGGUAAUUAAAUGUUUAAUGGUUUAGAACUCCUAGUUCAGAAUGGGAGUUCUAAUCAUUACUCACAACACGGAGCCUCUGUGCAGCUUCCAGUCAGCCCCUGCUUCUUGGGAGAAAGCACAUGAGAGUGGUGAUCUCUGCUCAGUUAGGAAAUGUGGUUAUGUUGACAUGAUAGUUACUGUGCUGUGGUUUUGCAAUAAAUGUGUAUUGAAAGCA